GUCGCAGGCGGAAGUGGCGGAUGUAUGUCAUGGCAGUAGGUCUGGUCUGAAUCACUAGCCAAACUUUCGGUUUUCUUUGGAAAGACAGUGCUCAUGGCGACGUUUUUCGGUGAAGUUUUGUCGGCCUAUUCUCGGGCCGUGGAAGAAGACGACGACGAUGACCUCGAUGAAAACGAAGAAGACGAACAAAUUCGCAGAGAGCUGGAGGAAAAGAGGGAAGUUCAUCUGCACUGGAGCCCUGAAGUCUCUGAAUCGCUAAAAUCUGGAAACAAAUUGCAGUGCUCAGACUUCAUCCUUGCUGUUGGACACAACGCUGCUAGGUUUUUGUCGGUGUACGUACUCGCCUCUGCAAACUGGCGUGCAGUGGGACAUGCAUCAGUGUGGAACGAGAGGAGCCGGGCUGUAACCGGGCAAACGAGCGAGGAGUCAGCAUGUGUUUUCUACAGACACAAGGACAACCCGUCAGUUUUGAUAUGCCAAGCGACUUGCUACAUUGCAGAAGACCAGCUUUUUCAGUGGACAGAAAAGGUUUUUGACUGUCUGCAGAACAGAGAGCUGAAUGUGACUGUGUUGUCAGACAGCUCUAUGGCUGAUUACAAGACAGCAGACUAUCUGUGCACUAGCUCUGCUCCCUUCCUGCGCGCUCUGCACACCGGUACAUUCAGUGGUCAGCCUGUCUGCCAGUCACUGGAGCAACCCAACAUAAUUACUGGACUUUCGGCUGCAGUACUGAACCACUGCCAGGUCCACCGAAUCGCCACUGUUGUUUACCAGUGUUACAGUGAUGUCAUUGGCCCUGACUCUGUCACCAUGGAGACCUACAAGCCUGCACUAACCAAGCUUGGGAAGUCCAUACAGUUGGUGUCGUCUCCAAGCACAGACGUCCUUCGUAAGUUUGUCAAAACCACCGACAUCCAGAGUAAUCUUUAUAUCUGAAAAUGGCCAUUUUGCACAAUGAGCGGUGCAAAUUAAUUCUAUUUUCCUCUCAUAAAAUACUGUCAUUUUUUAAUAAAGAAAUUAAGUAAACAAAG